AUGCUGGAUAGUGUUUUUGUUUAUCUUGUUGAAAUAGAGACUAAUAUGAAAACUUCAACUAUGCGAUGGAAAGAUAAACAGCGUGAUAGUAUUCAAGCUUUAAAUUACUUAUGUCGUGUAACGGAAGCUAAAAAUUGGAUUGAAAAAUGCUUGGAUACUGACUUGGGGCCCAUCUUUACUUUCGAACAAUCUUUACGAAAUGGCGUGGUGCUAGCAAAAUUGGUUUUACGGUUUCAACCAUACAGACGGUUCCGAAUUUUUGAUUCUGGUGAGCUACAGUUCCGCCAUUCAGACAACAUUAAUAAAUUUCUCGAUUUUAUAAACGACAUCAACCUCCCUGAUAUAUUUCACUUUGAGCUUACUGACAUUUAUGAAGGGAAAAAUCUCCCAAAGGUUAUAUACUGUAUUCAUGCUCUUUCUUUCUUCCUGUCGAUGCAACAUUUAGCUCCUCCCUUGGAAAGAAUAAACGAGGAUUUGCACUUCGCUGAUGAUGAUAUUGCCCAAAUAGUCAGAAGACUGCAGCAAUCAAAUGCAACGCUCCCUAAUUUUACAGCUUUAAACAGUGACUUUAUGCUUCGUGCUAGUCCUACACUGUCUCCUACCCGAAGCCCUAGUCCAUCUUUUAAGCACUCGCGCGCUAGGUCUCAAGACUUAUCUGACUCGGGAUCUGCUUAUUCUUCCCCUAUUACUUCUCCAUUAAAAUCAAAGGAAGAAACUUUGCCCAGUCCUUUUUCCUCUAUCGCUUCUCAUAGAAGAACUAAAUCCUCUCUCCCUUCACUAAACAGCUCUCUACCAAAUGAUUCACUAAUUUCUUCCCCAAAGUUGAGUGGAUUUGAAGACCCAUUUCUUCAACCGCCAUUGACUUCCACUUUGCGCGAUUCUCCAACUCCUUUUUUUACGACAUUUUCCCCCACUAGGCGACGAGAUGCUCUGUUUUCGUUUCAUAGCCCUUACCAUUCGUACGGACGUAUUCCCGUUCCGGAUAAUAUUUUAAAUGGUCUUCAAGCAUGUUGUCGUGGCGUAAUCGCGAGAAUCAAGCUGGUCGAUGUAUUACAAUCAUUAGCUGAACAAAGUGCUCACGUUGAAACUUUUCAGGCUAUGAUCAGAGGAUAUUUGUCACGUUCAAAUUACAGAAUCAACGAGAAUGCGUAUGAGGAAAUGGUCAUGUGGACUGUAUCGCUUCAAUCUACAAUCCGAGGACAUCUUGUCCGAGUUGAAUACAAAGAAAAAGUACUUAAAAAUGAAAGUUUACGUUCAGUACCAAAGGUGCAAGCCAUUAUACGUGCAGGUUUUUACAGGAAGAUACACUUUGCUUUCUUAAAAAGUUUACAAGAGAAAGAAUAUUCAUUUACUUUAAUUCAAUCAUCUGCCCAAGGAUACCUAAUCCGCCAUCAGAUUGUAAACAUGCUGGACAAUCUUUAUCAGUAUAUACCUUCUUUUGUUCAAUUUCAAAGUAUUUUACGUGGUGCUUUGUUUCGUGCUCGCUGGCAACAACUCUUAAAAGAACUGGAUGAGUUUCCUUCUUGGUUUCAUGCAAUGUGCAAAGGCCUCUUUUCUAGGAAAAAAAUAAAUCUUUUAAAGUCAUCUUUAGAAUCCCACUCUUUGUCUUUUACUAAUUUAUCAGCUUUAUCGAGAGGAUGCUUAUUGCGUAGUAUUAUCAACGAACGCUUGAGUCAGCUAGAAUAUUGCUCUCCUUCACUUCUUUCGUUACAGUCACUUUGUCGAAGAAUUAUAUUUCAACGCCGAUACUUAACUCUGUUGGAGAAACUUCAUUCUCGUGAGGUCUCUAUUACUACAUUACAGUCUUUCCUUCGAGGAUUUUUAGCAAGGAUUUCUGUUGCAAAACUGAAUAUUCAUCUAGUUAAGCAUUCAAGAGAUAUCCUUUACAUGCAAUCUUCUGUUAGAGCAGUUUUACUUCGAGACGAUGUAAACUUCAUCGAGAUUCAAUUAGAAUCCUUUAUGGAUGAAACGAUAACUAUACAAUCCAUAGUUCGAGGUUACUUAGCAAGAAGUAACUUUUUGAGGAAAUUACAAAGCUUUCACCAGACGAUGGAAAACCCAAUAAUUGCAAAAUCUGUCUAUCGGGGCCGACAAGAAGGGCUUGCAUAUCGUGAACUAGCUACCGCUAGAAACCCUCCGGUCAUGACCGUCAAAAACUUUGUUCAUCUGUUGGAUGAUAAUAACUUUGACUUUGAAGAAGACGUUUGUAUUGAACACAUGCGGAAAGAAAUUGUAAAGCUCGUCCGCGAGAAUGAAACAAUUGAGGAGCAUAUCAAUGAACUGGACGUCAAAAUUGCACUUUUAGUAAAAAAUAAAAUCAGUCUAGAUGAUGUUUUAAGACAUCAUAGCAAGUAUAAACCUGGAAAACAGGUCACUGAUUACAUAACGAAUUCUCGUUCUAUGAAAACCCUUAACAACUCAAGCAGACGUUACCUUGAUCUUCUACAAUGCUUUUUCUAUGUGCUGCAAACUAACGAAAUCUAUAUCACAAAUUACUUGCACAUUUUAAUGAAGUGCAAUCCCGAUUUUAUUCAAUUGCGACAUAUUACCUACUUAAUUCUACAAAUUUUUGGACAUGCAUCCAACAGGCGCGAAGAGGUCUUAUUUUUAAGGUUAAUGACAAGCGUGUUAAACAUGGAAGUUAGCCAAACUGAAACCACUACAGAGCUUUUAGCUAAUGACUCAGUUUGGAAAUUAUUGUUAAUGGGCCUCUUAGGAAACAUCAGAGAUGCGAAGCUUUGGAAAUCAAUGCUUAGCCGUAUUCAUAAAAUUUUAGUGUAUGAUGAAAAAAUGGACUUUGAGAUAAAUCCUAUAGCACUGUUGAAACAAUUUGAUCCGAAUCGAAAGGACCUUUCAGAAAAUCCCAAGGUUGCCUUGAGUAUUGCUAUGCAACAUUCCCCAACAAGAAAUCUCUACGUGGGUCGCUUGCGGGAGCUAAGAAAGUUAUGUCAAUCUUUUAUUAUUGCGUUGUCUAGAAAUAUUGAAAGCUUUCCUUAUUCUCUUUGCUAUGUGGCCUCUCAGCUCAAAUUAUCGCUAGAACAUAACUUUCCUUCAGCAAAAAAAGAGUGGAUAUUUGGUAUAAUAGGACGCUUCGUUUUUGAUAACUACAUUAAGCCUCUACUGGUUUCACCAGAUAAUUAUAAACUGGUGGAAAACCACAUCAACGCCCUACAAAGGAAAAACCUUAAUUGCUUUUCUAGCAUCCUAUCUGAAAUUUUCAAUGUUGAACCUUGUGAAUCAAGGAAGUUAGGCUUUUUGAGGCCGCUGUCAGAGUUUAUUGAAGUUUCGAAAAAAGAUAUUAUGAUUUUUUUGGAGCAUUUGACUGAUGUGGUCGAUCCUGAGACUUACUUUGAAUUUGAUGGGUUUGAAGAUAUAGUCAGCACCAAGAGGCCAGUGAUUUAUAUGAAACGAGAUGAUAUCCUUACUAUAUAUACACAGAUCUCACGCGCUUCAGACUUAAUUGCUACUGAUUCACCAAAUGAUCCACUACGAGCUGUGAUAAACGAAUUAGAAUCAAUGUCACCUAAAGACUAUGAAUUUUUGGAAACUGAAACGGAUAUUAAACUAGAAUUGAGCCCUCGAUUUUGCACUAUGGAAGACCCUGUUGCCGAAGAAAGAUCAUUAAUAGUACAAACCAAGCGCUAUAUUUUCUUUAUUAUUAGAGUACAAAACGGAUCUAGUCUCAUGGAUAUUUUAGUGAAACCUGUCACUGAUGAAGAUGAGGAAAGCUGGCAUGAGCUUCUAAUUACAGAAGCGGAAAGAAACCAAAAGUUUGAAGAGUUUGACGAUGCGCUCUCGUCUAUCUCUUUUGCUGAACUGAAAUACUUAGCAUUAUCUAAUGUUCUUGAGUUAGAAAACCUUGGUUUUGCAAGCCGAUCUAAUAAUUAUCAAGACAUUGUCAAUUCUAUCGCUCUGGAUAUUCGUAAUAAAUCAAAGCGUCGACUCCAGCGUCAGCGAGAACUAGAUUUUGGUCGUCAAAGCUUAGUCAGUUUGAAGGAAAAGCGAGCAUUUCUAGACUCGCAACUCAAGAGUUAUAACGAAUAUAUUGAACAAGCUAUGGAAACUCUACAAUCUAAGAAAGGAAAGAAGAAACUCAUACCAUUUUCAAAACAGUACUUUCAUAUGCGUGAAUUGAGAAAGUCUGGUAGAGUUCCUCGCUUCGGAUCGUUCAAAUAUACUGCCACUAAACUUUACGAUCGAGGUAUUUUGGUUUCAAUGUCUCGCAUGCCUCACCACGAUAAGUUGUAUAUCACUAUUUCCGCUGACGAAAUUGGGAAAUUCACUUUGGAAGCUAGUAGCAACGCAUUUAAUGUUACCAGCCCAAGAUGUGUACUUCAGUUGGAUGAUCUUCUUUCAGCUCAAUAUAAUAAAGUGCUUACUAUAGACGUUUUGGAUGGAAGGCUUAAACUUAACACGAAUAUGUUUUUGCAUUUGAUUUUUUCUCGGUUCUACUCAUAA